AUGGGAAAGGGGAAGAGAGAGAAGGAGAGAGAGCUGGAGAGAGAGAACAGGAUUCGCCGGCCCCAGAUAUGCCACCAAGUGGUCCUCUGCCAGAUGGACUUCCUCUUCCAGCUACGCCGGAUGGUGGCACUGGACCCACUCCGCUGUUCCUUUAGGCAGACUGUCAACAAAAUGCUCCAAUCGGCGCUUGACCACACCCCCUCCUCCACAAACACCUACCCACCUCUUACACUUUCGUUUAAAUGGGAGAAAGGUGUCUCUGAAACCGCCUAUGAUCAGGAUACAGAUCCUGGAAAAGCGUAUGACCAGUGCUCGACCACACCCCCAAAACUUGAAGCCACUUUUGUCUAUAGGAAGAAAGGAUUGGGUUCACAACACAAUGAUCUGGUUUGUAGCACUUGGGGUAACUACCAUUUCAAGACCUAUGAUGGGGACUACUUCCAACUCUCAACCGCCUGUAACUACAUUCUGACCUCAGACUGUCGGAAUAGCUAUGAAGAUUUCAACAUCCAGUUGAGACAUCAGGUGGUCAACAAUGAACCAACAAUCAGCAAGAUCAUUUUAAAACUAGAGGGAGCAGUUAUAGAGCUCACCAAAGGCUCCGUCAAUGUUGGGGGCCAAAUAGUGACACUUCCAUUUAGCAGUCCUGGAUUUUUCAUUGAGAAAAUGAAUUCUUACAUCACAGUCAAGGCUGUUUUAGGGCUAGUAGCCAUGUGGAAUGAAGAUGAUGCUUUCAUGGUCAAGUUAGAUGAAAAGUACAAAAACCAAACAUGUGGACUGUGCGGUGACUUCAACGGAAUCCAACUUUAUAAUGAAUUCAUCAGUGAUGGAGCUACGCUGUCUAUUUCUGAGUUUGGAAACCUCUGGAAGAUGGAUGGUCCAACAGAAGUCUGUGAGGAAGACAAAACAUCUCUUGAUGAAAACUGUGGAGAUGAGCGUUUUUGUCAUGAUAUCUUCUCCAGUACAGUGUUCAAUGAUUGCAGAAGUCUGGUCUCCAUCGAUCCUUUUGUCAAAGUUUGUAUGAAAGAUAUGUGCCAUUGCAACAGCUCUGGAUCCUUCUGCUUGUGCAAGUCUAUUGCCGAGUACUCUAGACAGUGUAUACAUGCAGGUGGCAGGCCUGCAGACUGGAGAACAGAAUAUUUUUGCCCAAAUCCGUGUCCAGAAAGCAUGGUGUACCACGAGUGUGGAAAUCCCUGUACUGACACUUGUACAAACCAUGAAAGAGGGCAAGUGUGUGAACACCACUGCAUUGAUGGAUGCUUCUGCCCUCCUGGCACUGUUUUUGAUGAUAUAACCAACACUGGCUGUAUACCCAUUAAUCAAUGCUCCUGUGUCCUUGGUGAUAAAACAUACGCCCCUGGGGAGAAUUACACCACUACCUGCAGAGAAUGUACCUGUGCACAGGGGCAGUGGAAUUGCAAUGAAAAGGAUUGCCCUCAUACAUGCUCAGUUGAGGGUGGAUCCCAUAUUACAACAUUUGAUGGAAAAGCCUACACUUUUCACGGAGACUGCUCUUAUGUCCUCUCCAAACAAUGCACAGGCACAGAUUUCACAGUUCAUGGAGACCUGGUGAAAUGUGGUGUGACUGAAUCCGAGACCUGUUUGAAGACAAUAACGUUGGCAUUGUUUGAUGGAGCUUUUGUGAUCAAAGUGGAUUCAAGUGGAAAUGUUGAGGUCAACAGAAUAAUUACCCAGCUGCCACUUUUUACAGCUGAGGUGAGCAUUUUCAAGCCCUCGUCAUUCUACAUUAUCAUUCAUGCCCAUUGGAUUGGGCUUCGUCUAGAGAUCCAGCUUGUACCCUUAAUGCAACUCUACAUGACAGUCGAUUCAGUGUACCAAGGAGAAACAUGCGGUCUUUGUGGCAAUUUCAACAACAUUGAGACUGAUGACUUUACAACCAUCGGUGGACUGAGGGAAGGAACAGCGGUGGACUUUGCCAACACCUGGAAGACAAGAGCAAGUUGCCCUGAUAUUAGAAGAAGCUUUGAGCAUCCCUGCAGUCUGAGCACUGAAAAUGAAAAAUAUGCCCAGCACUGGUGUUCCCUGCUGUCAGACCCCUCGGGUGUGUUCGCCCCCUGUCACUCUGAAAUCAGCCCUGAUGUUUACAAAGCAGACUGUAUAUAUGACACUUGUAACUGUGAGAAGAGUGAAGACUGCAUGUGUGCUGCAUUAUCCUCAUAUGUACAUGCAUGUGCUGCCAGAGGGAUUCUUCUUGAUGGAUGGAGAGUUGCUGCCUGCAGCAAAUACAUGCUAACUUGCCCCAGCACCACUGUCUACUCUUAUCAAAUGACCAGCUGUGACCGCACCUGCCGAUCCCUCGGCCAAUCAGACAACACCUGCGCUAUUGACUUUGUGCCAGUGGAUGGCUGUGGCUGUGCAGAGGGAACAUACAUGAAUGAGAAUGGCGAUUGUGUUGAAUCGAUCAGCUGCUCGUGUUACGAUUCAGGCAAAAUUAUUCCUGCUGGAGACAUCAUCACCAAAGAUGGAGGGUCAUGCAUUUGCAAGCACGGGAAACUGACCUGCACUGGUGGAUUCAGUGAGGAAGGUGUGUGCCUUGUAUGUGUGUCGCCAAUGAUGUUUUUCAACUGCUCCAGCGCUAGUCCUGGUUCCGCAGGAUCAGAAUGUCAGAAGAGCUGCAAAACACUGGACAUGGCCUGUAUCAGCACAGAGUGUGUGUCUGGCUGUGUGUGUCCCUCUGGACUGGUGUCAGAUGGAAACGGUGGUUGUAUAACUGAAGACCUGUGUCCAUGCAUCCAUAACGGAGUUGCCUACCAGCCUGGGGAAACCAUUACAGCUGACUGUAAUACAUGCACUUGUAACUCUAGAAGAUGGCAGUGUACCACAAACCAGUGCAGUGGGACAUGCAGCAUAUAUGGAGAUGGCCAUUACAGAACGUUUGAUGAGAAAAGAUUUGUGUUUAGUGGAAACUGUGAAUACAGCCUUGUUCAGGACUUCUGCAACAGCACAAGUGGCACUUUUAGAGUCAUCACUGAAAAUGUUCCCUGUGGGACCACUGGCACCACUUGUUCCAAGGCUAUCAAGCUCUUUCUAGGAAACAAUGAGCUUAGAUUGACAGAUGGAACCUUCCAAGUUUUUCAAAGAGAUGCAGGGGAUGACAUUCCCUACCAGAUGCGCACCAUGGGACUUUACUUGGUGAUUGAAGCCAAUAAUGGACUGAUGCUUAUGUGGGACAGAAAAACAACUAUACAUAUCAAGCUGAGUCCAGAGUAUAGUGGCCGAGUUUGUGGUCUGUGUGGAAACUUUGAUGGGAACGCAAACAAUGACUUCACUACUCGCAGUCAAGCAGUUGCUUUCGAAGCCCUGCAAUUUGGAAAUAGCUGGAAGUUCUCCAGUUGCCCAGAUGCAAUUGCCAUCCAAGAGCCAUGUGUCCAUAAUCCCUACAGGGAAGCCUGGUCCCAGAGGCAGUGCAGCAUCCUCACUAGCAAUGUCUUCUCAACUUGCCACUCACAAGUGGAUCCCACUCCUUUCUUUGAAGCCUGCGUGAGAGACUCAUGUGCCUGUGAUAGUGGUGGAGAUUAUGAGUGUUUCUGCACUGCUGUAUCAGCCUAUGCACAAGCCUGUAAUGAAGCUGGAGCUUGUGUUACCUGGAGAACGCCUAAAAUAUGCCCAUUGUUCUGUGAUUUUUACAACCCCCCUGGUGAAUGUGAGUGGCAUUACAAACCUUGUGGAGCUCCCUGUAUGCAGACCUGCAGAAAUCCAACUGGGCAUUGCUCCUAUCAUAUACCAGCACUUGAAGGUUGCUAUCCUAAAUGCCCUCCUGAGCAGCCUAUUUUUGAUGAGGACAACAUGAAAUGUGUAAAGCAGGAAGAUUGUGGCUGCUUUGUAGGAAUGUUACAUUAUGAGACUGGCCAGCAGGUGCCAACCACUGAGAAUUGUCAGACAUGUUAUUGUUCUUCAUUUGGUGUUAUCUGUGACUUUGAUGUAAAUGUAUGUACAUGCCAACAUAAUUAUGUACAGUACCACUUUGGAGAUAUCAUUUAUCACACAACGGAUGGACUGGGAGGUUGUAUCACAGCCAGAUGUUCAGUCAAUGGAACUAUUGAGAGGUCUUUGAAUCCUUGUGAAACAACUACUGUCCCAACAACUCCAUCCACACUAACUACAACACAAAAAUCAACAACAACCCCAACAACAGUUUUUUUCUUCAGCACACCAGCAACACUGACAUAUAUAUCAACACCGGAGAACACAGGAGAACAAACAACAGAAACAACACUUUCAACCACCACACCAGCCAUCCAAUCUACAACUGUCAUCGUCGAAGAAGGAAGCACUACUGCCCAACCAUCUACAGAGUCAUCAGCACCAAUUAGAGUCUUCACAACAACUGCAUCAUCUACCACUACUCAAACUACUGGAGAACCAGACACAACUGAGACUGUAACAGAGAAUGAAAUAACCACAUCUCAGACAACUUUGUCGACCACUACCAAGCCACAAAAAGAGAUGACGUCUGGUCCAACAAUCCAACCAACAACUACAGCCACAACAACUUUUGAAGAAAAUACAUCUACAUCAUCUGAAACUUCAACAUCUGCAAGCUCAUCUGUGCCAAUGAAACAAACCUCAUUACCAGUCGUUACUUCAACACAACCAACAACGCUAACAACCACAACUACGGUGCCAAUUACAACAGUUGUAUCUACAACAACUCAAGCUGAGUCAUCCACUGCACCUGAGAUUACUACUGAGGGAGUUUCUUCAACAACAGAGCCCCUCACAGCUGAAACAACUCUUUCAAUCACCACACCAACCAUCCCAUCCACUACUGUCAUUGUCGAGGAGGGUAGCACAACUCUCCGACCAUCUACAGGAACAUCAGCACCAAUUAGAGUCGUCACAACUUCCGCAUCAUCUACCAAUACUCAAACUACCGGAGAACCAACCACAACUGCGACUGUAACUGAAAACGAAAUAACCACAUCUCAGACACCUUUGUCCACCACUACCAAGCCGCCAAAGGAGAUGACGUCUGGUCCAACAAUUCAAACAACAACUCUAGCCACAACAUCUUUUGAAGAAAAUACAUCUACACCUUCUGAAACGUCAACAUCUGCAAGCUCAUCCGUGCCAAUGAAACAAACCUCAUUACCAGUCGUUACUUCAACACAACCAAAUACGCUAACAACCACAACUAUGGUGCCAAUUACAACAGUUGUAUCUAAAACAACUCAAGCUGAGUCAUCCACUGCACCUGAGAUUACUACUGAGGGAGUUUCUUCAACAACAGAGCCCCUCACAGCCGAAACAACACUUUCUGUCACCACACAAACCAUCCCAUCCACUACUGUCAUUGUCGAGGAGGGAAGCACAACUGUCCGACCAUCUACAGGAACAUCAGCACCAAUUAGAGUCGUCACAACUUCUGCAUCAUCUACCAAUACUCAAACUACCGGAGAACCAACCACAACUGAGACUGUAACUGAAAACGAAAUAACCACAUCUCAGACACCUUUGUCCACCACUACCAAGCCGCCAAAGGAGAUGACGUCUGGUCCAACAAUUCAAACAACAACUCUAGCCACAACAUCUUUUGAAGAAAAUACAUCUACACCUUCUGAAACGUCAACAUCUGCAAGCUCAUCCGUGCCAAUGAAACAAACCUCAUUACCAGUCGUUACUUCAACACAACCAAAUACGCUAACAACCACAACUAUGGUGCCAAUUACAACAGUUGUAUCUACAACUCAAGCUGAGUCAUCCACUGAACCUGAGAUUACUACUGAGGGAGUUUCUUCAACAACAGAGCCCCUCACAGCCGAAACAACACUUUCUGUCACCACACAAACCAUCCCAUCCACUACUGUCAUUGUCGAGGAGGGAAGCACAACUGUCCGACCAUCUACAGGAACAUCAGCACCAAUUAGAGUCGUCACAACUUCUGCAUCAUCUACCAAUACUCAAACUACCGGAGAACCAACCACAACUGAGACUGUAACUGAAAACGAAAUAACCACAUCUCUGACACCUUUGUCCACCACUACCAAGCCACCAAAGGAGAUGACGUCUGGUCCAACAAUUCAAACAACAACUAUAGCCACAACAACUUUUGAAGAAAAUACAUCUACACCUUCUGAAACGUCAACAUCUGCAAGCUCAUCCGUGCCAAUGAAACAAACCUCAUUACCAGUCGUUACUUCAACACAACCAACAACGCUAACAACCACAACUACGGUGCCAAUUACAACAGUUGUAUCUACAACAACCCAAGCUGAGUCAUCCACUGCACCUGAGAUUUCCACUGAGGGAGUUUCUUCAACAACAGAGCCCCAAACAGCCGAAACAACUCUUUCAACCACAACACCAGCCAUCCCAUCCACUACUGUCAUUGUCGAGGAGGGAAGCACAACUGUCCAACCAUCUACAGGAACAUCAGCACCAAUUAGAGUCGUCACAACUUCCGCAUCAUCUACCAAUACUCAAACUACCGGAGAACCAACCACAACUGAGACUGUAACUGAAAACGAAAUAACCACAUCUCAGACACCUUUGUCCACCACUACCAAGCCGCCAAAGGAGAUGACGUCUGGUCCAACAAGUCAAACAAAAACUAUAGCCACAACAUCUUUUGAAGAAAAUACAUCUACACCUUCUGAAACAUCAACAUCUGCAAGCUCAUCCGUGCCAAUGAAACAAACAUCAUUACCAGUCGUUACUUCAACACAACCAACAACGCUAACAACCACAACUACGGUGCCAAUUACAACAGUUGUAUCUACAACAACUCAAGCUGAGUCAUCCACUGCACCUGAGAUUACUACUGAGGGAGUUUCUUCAACAACAGAGCCCCUCACAGCUGAAACAACUCUUUCAAUCACCACACCAACCAUCCCAUCCACUACUGUCAUUGUCGAGGAGGGAAGCACAACUGUCCGACCAUCUACAGGAACAUCAGCACCAAUUAGAGUCGUCACAACUUCCGCAUCAUCUACCAAUACUCAAACUACCGGAGAACCAACCACAACUGAGACUGUAACUGAAAACGAAAUAACCACAACUCAGACACCUUUGUCCACCACUACCAAGCCGCCAAAGGAGAUGACGUCUGGUCCAACAAGUCAAACAACAACUAUAGCCACAACAUCUUUUGAAGAAAAUACAUCUACACCUUCUGAAACAUCAACAUCUGCAAGCUCAUCCGUGCCAAUGAAACAAACCUCAUUACCAGUCAUUACUUCAACACAACCAACAACGCUAACAACCACAACGACGGUGCCAAUUACAACAGUUGUAUCUACAACAACUCAAGCUGAGUCAUCCACUGCACCUGAGAUUACUACUGAGGGAGUUUCUUCAACAACAGAGCCCCUCACAGCUGAAACAACUCUUUCAAUCACCACACCAACCAUCCCAUCCACUACUGUCAUUGUCGAGGAGGGAAGCACAACUGUCCAACCAUCUACAGGAACAUCAGCACCAAUUAGAGUCGUCACAACUUCCGCAUCAUCUACCAAUACUCAAACUACCGGAGAACCAACCACAACUGAGACUGUAACUGAAAACGAAAUAACCACAACUCAGACACCUUUGUCCACCACUACCAAGCCGCCAAAGGAGAUGACGUCUGGUCCAACAAGUCAAACAACAACUAUAGCCACAACAUCUUUUGAAGAAAAUACAUCUACACCUUCUGAAACAUCAACAUCUGCAAGCUCAUCCGUGCCAAUGAAACAAACCUCAUUACCAGUCAUUACUUCAACACAACCAACAACGCUAACAACCACAAUGACGGUGCCAAUUACAACAGUUGUAUCUACAACAACUCAAGCUGAGUCAUCCACUGCACCUGAGAUUACUACUGAGGGAGUUUCUUCAACAACAGAGCCCCUCACAGCUGAAACAACUCUUUCAAUCAGCACACCAACCAUCCCAUCCACUACUGUCAUUGUCGAGGAGGGAAGCACAACAGUCCAACCAUCUACAGGAACAUCAGCACCAAUUAGAGUCGUCACAACUUCCGCAUCAUCUACCAAUACUCAAACUACCGGAGAACCAACCACAACUGAGACUGUAACUGAAAACGAAAUAACCACAUCUCAGACACCUUUGUCCACCACUACCAAGCCGCCAAAGGAGAUGACGUCUGGUCCAACAAGUCAAACAAAAACUAUAGCCACAACAUCUUUUGAAGAAAAUACAUCUACACCUUCUGAAACAUCAACAUCUGCAAGCUCAUCCGUGCCAAUGAAACAAACCUCAUUACCAGUCGUUACUUCAACACAACCAACAACGCUAACAACCACAACUACGGUGCCAAUUACAACAGUUGUAUCUACAACAACUCAAGCUGAGUCAUCCACUGCACCUGAGAUUACUACUGAGGGAGUUUCUUCAACAACAGAGCCCCUCACAGCUGAAACAACUCUUUCAAUCACCACACCAACCAUCCCAUCCACUACUGUCAUUGUCGAGGAGGGAAGCACAACUGUCCAACCAUCUACAGGAACAUCAGCACCAAUUAGAGUCGUCACAACUUCCGCAUCAUCUACCAAUACUCAAACUACCGGAGAACCAACCACAACUGAGACUGUAACUGAAAACGAAAUAACCACAUCUCAGACACCUUUGUCCACCACUACCAAGCCGCCAAAGGAGAUGACGUCUGGUCCAACAAGUCAAACAACAACUAUAGCCACAACAUCUUUUGAAGAAAAUACAUCUACACCUUCUGAAACAUCAACAUCUGCAAGCUCAUCCGUGCCAAUGAAACAAACCUCAUUACCAGUCGUUACUUCAACACAACCAACAACGCUAACAACCACAACUACGGUGCCAAUUACAACAGUUGUAUCUACAACAACUCAAGCUGAGUCAUCCACUGCACCUGAGAUUACUACUGAGGGAGUUUCUUCAGCAACAGAGCCCCUCACAGCUGAAACAACUCUUUCAAUCACCACACCAACCAUCCCAUCUACUACUGUCAUUGUCGAGGAGGGAAGCACAACUGUCCGACCAUCUACAGGAACAUCAGCACCAAUUAGAGUCGUCACAACUUCCGCAUCAUCUACCAAUACUCAAACUACCGGAGAACCAACCACAACUGAGACUGUAACUGAAAACGAAAUAACCACAACUCAGACACCUUUGUCCACCACUACCAAGCCGCCAAAGGAGAUGACGUCUGGUCCAACAAGUCAAACAACAACUAUAGCCACAACAUCUUUUGAAGAAAAUACAUCUACACCUUCUGAAACAUCAACAUCUGCAAGCUCAUCCAUGCCAAUGAAACAAACCUCAUUACCAGUCAUUACUUCAACACAACCAACAACGCUAACAACCACAACGACGGUGCCAAUUACAACAGUUGUAUCUACAACAACUCAAGCUGAGUCAUCCACUGCACCUGAGAUUACUACUGAGGGAGUUUCUUCAACAACAGAGCCCCUCACAGCUGAAACAACUCUUUCAAUCACCACACCAACCAUCCCAUCCACUACUGUCAUUGUCGAGGAGGGAAGCACAACUGUCCGACCAUCUACAGGAACAUCAGCACCAAUUAGAGUCGUCACAACUUCCGCAUCAUCUACCAAUACUCAAACUACCGGAGAACCAACCACAACUGAGACUGUAACUGAAAACGAAAUAACCACAUCUCAGACACCUUUGUCCACCACUACCAAGCCGCCAAAGGAGAUGACGUCUGGUCCAACAAGUCAAACAACAACUAUAGCCACAACAUCUUUUGAAGAAAAUACAUCUACACCUUCUGAAACAUCAACAUCUGCAAGCUCAUCCGUGCCAAUGAAACAAACCUCAUUACCAGUCGUUACUUCAACACAACCAACAACGCUAACAACCACAAUGACGGUGCCAAUUGCAACAGUUGUAUCUACAACAACUCAAGCUGAGUCAUCCACUGCACCUGAGAUUACUACUGAGGGAGUUUUUUCAACAACAGAGCCCCUCACAGCUGAAACAACUCUUUCAAUCACCACACCAACCAUCCCAUCCACUACUGUCAUUGUCGAGGUGGGAAGCACAACUGUCCGACCACCUAUAGGAACAUCAGCACCAAUUAGAGUCGUCACAACUUCUGCAUCAUCUACCAAUACUCAAACUACCGGAGAACCAACCACAACUGAGACUGUAACUGAAAACGAAAUAACCACAUCUCAGACACCUUUGUCCACCACUACCAAGCCGCCAAAGGAGAUGACGUCUGGUCCAACAAUUCAAACAACAACUAUAGCCACAACAACUUUUGAAGAAAAUACAUCUACACCUUCUGAAACAUCAACAUCUGCAAGCUCAUCCGUGCCAAUGAAACAAACCUCAUUACCAGUCGUUACUUCAACACAACCAACAACGCUAACAACCACAACUACGGUGCCAAUUACAACAGUUGUAUCUACAACAACUCAAGCUGAGUCAUCCACUGCACCUGAGAUUACCACUGAGGGAGUUUCUUCAACAACAGAGCCCCUCACAGCUGAAACAACUCUUUCAAUCACCACACCAACCAUCCCAUCCACUACUGUCAUUGUCGAGGUGGGAAGCACAACUGUCCGACCACCUAUAGGAACAUCAGCACCAAUUAGAGUCGUCACAACUUCCGCAUCAUCUACCAAUACUCAAACUACCGGAGAACCAACCACAACUGAGACUGUAACUGAAAACGAAAUAACCACAACUCAGACACCUUUGUCCACCACUACCAAGCCGCCAAAGGAGAUGACGUCUGGUCCAACAAGUCAAACAACAACUAUAGCCACAACAUCUUUUGAAGAAAAUACAUCUACACCUUCUGAAACAUCAACAUCUGCAAGCUCAUCCGUGCCAAUGAAACAAACCUCAUUACCAGUCAUUACUUCAACACAACCAACAACGCUAACAACCACAACGACGGUGCCAAUUACAACAGUUGUAUCUACAACAACUCAAGCUGAGUCAUCCACUGCACCUGAGAUUACUACUGAGGGAGUUUCUUCAACAACAGAGCCCCUCACAGCUGAAACAACUCUUUCAAUCACCACACCAACCAUCCCAUCCACUACUGUCAUUGUCGAGGAGGGAAGCACAACUGUCCGACCAUCUACAGGAACAUCAGCACCAAUUAGAGUCGUCACAACUUCCGCAUCAUCUACCAAUACUCAAACUACCGGAGAACCAACCACAACUGAGACUGUAACUGAAAACGAAAUAACCACAUCUCAGACACCUUUGUCCACCACUACCAAGCCGCCAAAGGAGAUGACGUCUGGUCCAACAAGUCAAACAACAACUAUAGCCACAACAACUUUUGAAGAAAAUACAUCUACACCUUCUGAAACGUCAACAUCUGCAAGCUCAUCCGUGCCAAUGAAACAAACCUCAUUACCAGUCGUUACUUCAACACAACCAACAACGCUAACAACCACAACUACGGUGCCAAUUACAACAGUUGUAUCUACAACAACUCAAGCUGAGUCAUCCACUGCACCUGAGAUUACCACUGAGGGAGUUUCUUCAACAACAGAGCCCCAAACAGCCGAAACAACUCUUUCAACCACAACACCAGCCAUCCCAUCCACUACUGUCAUUGUCGAGGAGGGAAGCACAACUGUCCAACCAUCUACAGGAACAUCAGCACCAAUUAGAGUCGUCACAACUUCCGCAUCAUCUUCCAAUACUCAAACUACCGGAGAACCAACCACAACUGAGACUGUAACUGAAAACGAAAUAACCACAUCUCAGACACCUUUGUCCACCACUACCAACCCGCCAAAGGAGAUGACGUCUGGUCCAACAAGUCAAACAAAAACUAUAGCCACAACAUCUUUUGAAGAAAAUACAUCUACACCUUCUGAAACAUCAACAUCUGCAAGCUCAUCCGUGCCAAUGAAACAAACCUCAUUACCAGUCGUUACUUCAACACAACCAACAACGCUAACAACCACAACUACGGUGCCAAUUACAACAUUUGUAUCUACAACAACUCAAGCUGAGUCAUCCACUGCACCUGAGAUUACUACUGAGGGAGUUUUUUCAACAACAGAGCCCCUCACAGCUGAAACAACUCUUUCAAUCACCACACCAACCAUCCCAUCCACUACUGUCAUUGUCGAGGUGGGAAGCACAACUGUCCGACCACCUAUAGGAACAUCAGCACCAAUUAGAGUCGUCACAACUUCUGCAUCAUCUACCAAUACUCAAACUACCGGAGAACCAACCACAACUGAGACUGUAACUGAAAACGAAAUAACCACAUCUCAGACACCUUUGUCCACCACUACCAAGCCGCCAAAGGAGAUGACGUCUGGUCCAACAAUUCAAACAACAACUAUAGCCACAACAACUUUUGAAGAAAAUACAUCUACACCUUCUGAAACGUCAACAUCUGCAAGCUCAUCCGUGCCAAUGAAACAAACCUCAUUACCAGUCGUUACUUCAACACAACCAACAACGCUAACAACCACAACUACGGUGCCAAUUACAACAGUUGUAUCUACAACAACUCAAGCUGAGUCAUCCACUGCACCUGAGAUUACUACUGAGGGAGUUUUUUCAACAACAGAGCCCCUCACAGCUGAAACAACUCUUUCAAUCACCACACCAACCAUCCCAUCCACUACUGUCAUUGUCGAGGUGGGAAGCACAACUGUCCGACCGCCUAUAGGAACAUCAGCACCAAUUAGAGUCGUCACAACUUCCGCAUCAUCUACCAAUACUCAAACUACCGGAGAACCAACCACAACUGAGACUGUAACUGAAAACGAAAUAACCACAACUCAGACACCUUUGUCCACCACUACCAAGCCGCCAAAGGAGAUGACGUCUGGUCCAACAAUUCAAACAACAACUAUAGCCACAACAUCUUUUGAAGAAAAUACAUCUACACCUUCUGAAACAUCAACAUCUGCAAGCUCAUCCGUGCCAAUGAAACAAACCUCAUUACCAGUCAUUACUUCAACACAACCAACAACGCUAACAACCACAACGACGGUGCCAAUUACAACAGUUGUAUCUACAACAACUCAAGCUGAGUCAUCCACUGCACCUGAGAUUACUACUGAGGGAGUUUCUUCAACAACAGAGCCCCUCACAGCUGAAACAACUCUUUCAAUCACCACACCAACCAUCCCAUCCACUACUGUCAUUGUCGAGGAGGGAAGCACAACUGUCCGACCAUCUACAGGAACAUCAGCACCAAUUAGAGUCGUCACAACUUCCGCAUCAUCUACCAAUACUCAAACUACCGGAGAACCAACCACAACUGAGACUGUAACUGAAAACGAAAUAACCACAUCUCAGACACCUUUGUCCACCACUACCAAGCCGCCAAAGGAGAUGACGUCUGGUCCAACAAGUCAAACAACAACUAUAGCCACAACAACUUUUGAAGAAAAUACAUCUACACCUUCUGAAACGUCAACAUCUGCAAGCUCAUCCGUGCCAAUGAAACAAACCUCAUUACCAGUCGUUAUUUCAACACAACCAACAACGCUAACAACCACAACUACGGUGCCAAUUACAACAGUUGUAUCUACAACAACUCAAGCUGAGUCAUCCACUGCACCUGAGAUUACUACUGAGGGAGUUUUUUCAACAACAGAGCCCCUCACAGCUGAAACAACUCUUUCAAUCACCACACCAACCAUCCCAUCCACUACUGUCAUUGUCGAGGAGGGAAGCACAACUGUCCGACCACCUAUAGGAACAUCUGCACCAAUUAGAGUCGUCACAACUUCUGCAUCAUCUACCAAUACUCAAACUACCGGAGAACCAACCACAACUGAGACUGUAACUGAAAACGAAAUGACCACAUCUCUGACACCUUUGUCCACCACUACCAAGCCGCCAAAGGAGAUGACGUCUGGUCCAACAAUUCAAACAACAACUAUAGCCACAACAACUUUUGAAGAAAAUACAUCUACACCUUCUGAAACGUCAACAUCUGCAAGAUCAUCCGUGCCAAUGAAACAAACCUCAUUACCAGUCGUUACUUCAACACAUCCAACAACGCUAACAACCACAACUACGGUUCCAAUUACAACAGUUGUAUCUACAACAACCCAAGCUGAGUCAUCCUCUGCACCUGAGAUUUCCACUGAGGGAGUUUCUUCAACAACAGAGCCCUUUACAGUCAAAACAACUCUUUCAACCACCACACCAGCCAUCCCGUCCACUACUGUAAUUAUUGAGGAGGGAAGCACUACUGUCCAACCAUCUACAGGAUCAUCAGCACCAAUAAGAGUUGAGACAACUACUGCAUCUUCUACCAAUACUCAUGCUACUGGAGAACCUACCACAACUGAGACUGUAACUGAAAACGAAAUAACCACAUAUCUGACACCUUUGUCCACCACUACCAAGCCGCCAAAGGAGAUGACGUCUGGUCCAACAAUUCAAACAACAACUAUAGCCACAACAACUUUUGAAGAAAAUACAUCUACACCUUCUGAAACGUUAACAUCUGCAAGCUCAUCCGUGCCAAUGAAACAAACCUCAUUACCAGUCGUUACUUCAACACAACCAACAACGCUAACAACCACAACUACGGUGCCAAUUACAACAGUUGUAUCUACAACAACCCAAGCUGAGUCAUCCACUGCACCUGAGAUUUCCACUGAGGGAGUUUCUUCAACAACAGAGCCCUUUACAGUCGAAACAACUCUUUCAACCACCACACCAGCCAUCCCGUCCACUACUGUAAUUAUUGAGGAGGGAAGCACUACUGUCCAACCAUCUACAGGAUCAUCAGCACCAAUAAGAGUUGAGACAACUACUGCAUCUUCUACCAAUACUCAUGCUACUGGAGAACCAACCACAACUGAGACUGUAACUGAAAACGAAAUAACCACACCUCAGACACCUUUGUCCACCACUACCAAGCCGCCAAAGGAGAUGACGUCUGGUCCAACAACUCAAACAACAACUAUAGCCACAACAUCUUUUGAAGAAAAUACAUCUACACCUUCGGAAACGUCAACAUCUGCAAGCUCAUCCGUGCCAAUGAAACAAACCUCAUUACCAGUCGUUACUUCAAUACAACCAACAACGCUAACAACCACAACUACGGUGCCAAUUACAACAGUUGUAUCUACAACAACUCAAGCUGAGUCAUCCACUGCACCUGAGAUUACUACUGAGGGAGUUUCUUCAACAACAGAGCCCCUCACAGCUGAAACAACUCUUUCAAUCACCACAACAAUAGCCAUCCCAUCCACUACUAUCAUUGUCGAGGAGGGAAGCACAACUGUCCGACCAUCUACAGGAACAUCAGCACCAAUUAGAGUCGUCACAACUUCCGCAUCAUCUACCAAUACUCAAACUACCGGAGAACCAACCACAACUGAGACUGUAACUGAAAACGAAUUGACCACAUCUCUGACACCUUUGUCCACCACUACCAAGCCGCCAAAGGAGAUGACGUCUGGUCCAACAAUUCAAACAACAACUAUAGCCACAACAACUUUUGAAGAAAAUACAUCUACACCUUCUGAAACGUCAACAUCUGCAAGCUCAUCCGUGCCAAUGAAACAAACCUCAUUACCAGUCGUUACUUCAACACAACCAACAACGCUAACAACCACAACUAUGGUGCCAAUUACAACAGUUGUAUCUACAACAACUCAAGUUGAGUCAUCCACUGCACCUGAGAUUUCCACUGAGGGAGUUUCUUCAACCACAGAGCCCUUUACAGUCGAAACAACUCUUUCAACCACCACACCAGACAUCCCGUCCACUACUGUAAUUAUUGAGGAGGGAAGCACUACUGUCCAACCAUCUCCAGGAUCAUCAGCACCAAUAAGAGUUGUGACAACUACUGCAUCUUCUACCAAUACUCAAGCUACUGGAGAACCUACCACAACUGAGACUGUAACUGAAAAUGAAAUAACCACAUCUCAGACACCUUUGUCCACCACUACCAAGCCGCCAAAGGAGAUGACGUCUGGUCCAACAAUUCAAACAACAACUAUAGCCACAACAACUUUUGAAGAAAAUACAUCUACACCUUCUGAAACGUCAACAUCUGCAAGCUCAUCCGUGCCAAUGAAACAAACCUCAUUACCAGUCGUUACUUCAACACAACCAACAACGCUAACAACCACAACUAUGGUGCCAAUUACAACAGUUGUAUCUACAACAACUCAAGUUGAGUCAUCCACUGCACCUGAGAUUUCCACUGAGGGAGUUUCUUCAACCACAGAGCCCUUUACAGUCGAAACAACUCUUUCAACCACCACACCAGACAUCCCGUCCACUACUGUAAUUAUUGAGGAGGGAAGCACUACUGUCCAACCAUCUACAGGAUCAUCAGCACCAAUAAGAGUUGUGACAACUACUGCAUCUUCUACCAAUACUCAAGCUACUGGAGAACCUACCACAACUGAGACUGUAACUGAAAAUGAAAUAACCACAUCUCAGACACCUUUGUCCACCACUACCAAGCCGCCAAAGGAGAUGACGUCUGGUCCAACAAGUCAAACAACAACUAUAGCCACAACAUCUUUUGAAGAAAAUACAUCUACACCUUCGGAAACGUCAACAUCUGCAAGCUCAUCCGUGCCAAUGAAACAAACCUCAUUACGAGUCGUUACUUCAACACAACCAACAACGCUAACAACCACAACUACGGUGCCAAUUACAACAGUUGUAUCUACAACAACUCAAGCUGAGUCAUCCACUGCACCUGAGAUUACUACUGAGGGAGUUUCUUCAACAACAGAGCCCCUCACAGCCGAAACAACUCUUUCAACCAACACACCAGCCAUCCCAUCCACUACUGUCAUUGUCGAGGAGGUAAGCACUACUGUCCAACCAUCUACAGAAACAUCAGCACCAAUUAGAGUCAUUACAACUACUGCAUCGUCUACCACUACUCAAACUACUGGAGAACCAACCACAACUGAGACUGUAACUGAAAACGAAACAACCACAUCUCAGACACCUUUGUCCACCACUUCCAAGCCACCAAAGUUUGUGACAACUGGUCCAACAAGCCAACCAACAACAAUAACAAUGACAACUUCUGUGCCAGUGUCUACAGUUCUAUCGACAACAAUCAGAGCCGUGUCAUCCACUGCACCUGAGAUUACCACUGUUGGAGUUUCUGCAACAACAGAGCUGCUCACUGCUGAAACAACUCUUUUAACCAUCACAACUGCAAUCCCAUCUACUACUAUCCUUGUCAAGGAUCAAAGCACUACUCUAUUUCAGAACAAUACUUCAGCUUUUGAGACAACCACAACAAUGUACAGAUCAUCCAUUUCACCAUUUACAGAAAAUCUUUCAACUCUCACUAGUACCACUUCCAGUGUUUUCCACUCAUCCACAUCUAUGGAGACCUCAAUCGCACCCAUUACUCAAACGUUGCCAUCUUUCACUGGCAUCCUUCCAGUGACUACAGAAUCUCCUGUAUUCUCCUCCACUUCUAGUAUUUGCUGCUUAGUGAAUGCCACAAAUUUUCAACCAGGAGAUCUAAUUUAUAAUGUGACUGAUGGCUUUGGUUGGUGCUUUACGGCAUACUGUAAUGUAACUUGCAGUAUUGUAAAGACAUCAACAUCUUGCCUGCCUACUUCAUCACCAACUAUCCCCUCUGAAACAACCACCUAUUCUAGUUCAACAGCAAUCAACAGUUCUCUGGGCACAAAACACCCUGUUACAUUCAUGUCCACAACCACAACAACCUCAGAAGUACCAAAUACAACCUUUGGGCCUAAUUGUGAUGCACUUGACCCACCAAAACAGAGUGGUGAAUCCUGGGAGAUAGAUAACUGCACAACAGCAUCCUGUGUGAAUGGCACUGUUGUCUACAAAGCUUAUGAGUGUGAGCCAGUUCAGCUUCCCAACUGUGAAAAUGGUCGCACCCCAGUUAAAGUCUAUGAUGCUACUGGCUGCUGUUUCACAUAUGAAUGUGAAUGCUUUUGUAACGGAUGGGGUGGCAACCAUUAUGUGACGUUUGAUGGACAAGAUUAUACAUUUGAAAACAACUGCUCAUACAUAUUAUUUCAAGAAGCAGUACCGACACAAAAUCUAAUGAUUGUCCAUGAUAAGCAGUAUUGCAGUGCUGGAGGUUCUUUCUGUUCACAGGCUCUAAAAAUAAAGUACAAAUCACAGGAGAUUGUUUUAACCCAGGCACUUAAUUCUGAUGUUGUCAGCAAUGUGGUGAUGAUUGACCAGAAACAAGUCUACCCGGCUUUCAGAAAUGGUGACCUGUUUAUUACUAGCACUGGUGUCGAAGUCAUGUUGGAGAUUCCAGAAAUUCAGGCUCAGGUUACCUAUACAGGGACGACAUUUGCUAUUAACUUGCCUUUCUCAGUCUUCCAGAAAAACACAGAGGGCCUGUGUGGUACAUGUGAUAACAUCAAAGAGAAUGACUGCAGCUCUACAUCUGGUGAGGUUAUGUCUUGCCUUGAAACAGUCUUUGACUGGCAGCUUCCAAAUGAGGACUGUAUUCUGCCCACCCCUGCUCCAUUAUCUACCACCAUGCAUCCUGAAAGCACUCAGAGCACUUGCAAACCAUCUAUUUGUGAGCUCAUCUAUAGCAGAGUGUUUGAGGAAUGCCGCAAAACAAUCUCUCCUGAGGUCUACGUGGAGGGUUGUAGAUUUGAUGUUUGCACCACAGUGGUUUCUGGCUGUUCCAGUUUACAAGCCUAUGCUUCUGCCUGUGCUAAGGAAGGCAUUUGUGUGGACUGGAGAAGUUAUACCAAUGGAGAAUGUGAGAUUACAUGUCCUGCCUCUAAAGUGUACAAUCAUUGUGGUCCAGCAGUGGAACCAACCUGCAAUGCUCAGUACAAUGAUAAGUAUUCAAACGACACGUCCAGCACCAGCAUGAGUGAGGGAUGCUUUUGUGAGGAAGGAUCUAUUUUGUUCAGUUCCUAUUCAGAUGUCUGUGUUGUCUCUUGUGCUUGCACUGGCCCUGACGGCAACCCAAAAAAGCCCAGUGACACGUGGAAGAGUGGAUGUGAAAUAUGUGAGUGUGACGGGGAUUCAAUCAGUGUCCAUUGCCAGCCUGUAACCUGUCCUGCUGUGCAGCCAGUUACUUGUAAUGAGCCCGGACAAGUGCUUGUCAACACAACAGUGGACUGCUGUGAGAGCUAUGAAUGCAAUUGCGAUAUGAGUCUGUGCCCUGUUCCUGCAAUCCAGUGUCCACCUGGCUUUGCACUGUCCAUCAAUGUAACUUCAGAGAGCUGCUGUCCAGGUUACGACUGCACACCCAUGGAAGUCUGUGUCUCUAAUACCACAGUGUAUCAGCCUGGCUCACCUAUGCCAAGUUAUGAUCCUUGUAUGAUGUGUACCUGCGGUUGGAACAUAGAUCCUGACACAAUGCUAUUUGCUCCAGAGUGUGUGAUCGCUGACUGCUACACUGACUGUCCAGAGGGUCAAGAAUACCAAGUUCUUCCUGGUCAGUGCUGUGGACAGUGUGUGACCACUAAUUGUGUGGUUGUGCACGAUAAUGUCCCACACACAAUCUUGGUUAACCAGACAUGGCAGCCAACUAAUGAUAAAUGUGUGAAAUACAAUUGUGAACUAAUUAAUGGUAACCCAGUGACAAUUGGGACUAAGACCGCUUGUCCUCCCUUCAACCCUGAAGACUGUAUUCCUGGAACAGAAACAAUGGAUGCAGAUGGCUGCUGUCCAUCAUGUACACUGAACAACAGAUGUAAUGUCCAGAGAAACAGCACUUUCUUGGUUAGCAAAGGCUGUAUUAGCACCACACCCGUGGAAAUAACCUCUUGCACAGGCUUGUGUGGUACCUCCUCCAUAUACUCUGCAGAGGCGAACUCUCUGAUGCACUCUUGCUCUUGCUGUCAGGAAAUGACAACCAGUAAGAAGGAAGUGACUCUGACUUGCCCUGAUGGGUCGAACAUCAACCACUCUUAUAUGUAUAUUGAGUCUUGUGGCUGCAAGGCCACUGAUUGCCCUGGUCAAACCUUACAGCGACGCCACAGGAGAGUGUGAGCUUUGACCCCAUACAGUAGUGCCAUUUCAUAAGGACCUCAUGGUGUUUCUCAUUAAACAUGACAUUAUAUUCUUAAUUUAACAGCCAUUCAACCUAGCUUUGAUCUUUAAGGAAACUGAAUGUGAGUCAACAUUAUGUAGGUUAUACCUAAAAAGUGAGGUCUGUCUGUUUUAGUGUUAUUAUUGUUGUGUGUCUGUACAUUUGAAAGCUUUUAAAUGUUUGUGACAAUUAUCGCUAUGCUGUCAUGACAAUGACAGCUCUUUUGUUUCUUGUCUAGUAGUUCUCAAUAAACUAAU